AUGAAAAAGUAUUUAAUGGAAUUGAGAGAAUUGAAUAUUGUUGAUAUGAACAUUUCCCUCCAAAGAGAUGGCUCCGAUGCUCUCGAAUGGAAGACGAUGUGGGAAAUCUCCGAGAAGAACUCCGUUGGUGGUGACGUGGAAGUGUCCUGGGUAGACACGGACUUGGAGGUCAAAGGCUUGGUCGUGGUGAAGUGGGUUGGAGUGACGAAUCUGGAAAACGUUCGCGACAAUCUUGUCCUUUUCCCAUCUGAAGCUCAUGUGAAGAGCAAUGUUUCCUCCAGAGAUCAAGUUGAUGUUGAAGUCCCUGCAAAAUAG